AUGUCAUAUGUGAUUCGGCUCUUGGUGUGGCGACACACUCCGGCGUCCGAGUCCAUGUUCCGCACACGGUUCCCCAAGCACUCCGACAACAACCGUCUAACAGAGCUGCAGCUGCAGGCUCAUGCUCUCCCUCCCUCCCUCCCUUUCCCCCUCCCUCCCUCUCCUUCAACAGAUGUGGUGGCAGCUGUGGCUGGAGGCGUGUCCACAGGGCUCCUCCUUCUUCUCCUGCUUGCAGUCUCCGCCUACCUGCUCUGGGUGAGGAGGAGGAGGAGGCGGAGUCAGAGGCAGAGCUGGCAUCCAGAAAUUGUCUCGACCCCACCCGCUGUCCCAUCAUGCACCUCUCCUCUUGCUUUGAGUAUGCAGACGAGCAGACGUGGACACAGCUCACGGGCGAUCCCCUUCUUCCUCCCUCCACGCUUUAAGAGCUGGCCGCAUGCGAGUCUUCAGGAGGAGGACGAGGAGCAGGAGGAAGAGCAGGGGCCCACGCAGCAUCAUGCCCCCUGGAGCUCAUGGACAGCUGGGAGGUCCGUCCCCCUGGGCAACCUGAGGCCUGACCUGUACCAUGUCCCUGAGGAGCCCAGUGAGUGGGGCUCCCCUACUGGCGGCACGGUGCGCCUGUGGUUUGCGGUGGAGUACCAGCAGGAGAGGGAACAGCUGGUGGUCUCGCUGCUGCGCGCCGCCAACCUGCCCGCCCGUUGCCACGGCAACGCCACGCUGGUGAGGCUGCAGCUGCUGCCCGACGACCGCCGCCAUCGGCAGGCCAAGGCCAAGCGCAAAGGUCGUGACCCCAAAUUCAAUGACAGCUUCAUUUUCCAGGUAUCCCGUGGCUGUGUGGAUGAGUGUACUCUGAGCCUGUCGGUGCUGAGUGUGGACCGUCUGAAGAAACAUCAGCUGGUCGGCCGUGUCCUGCUCCCUCUGAGAUGGGCGGAGCUUAGGGAGGCAGCUGGGAAAAUCAUGUGGAGGGACCUGGAGACCGAGAAUGAACAGCCCUACUCAAAGCACGGAGAUGUCCAGGUGUCUCUGAACUACAAUGCGCAACUGCAGCGCCUCACGGUGGUUGUUCUGAGGGCUCGCGGACUGCCCCUGCAAGCCGAGGCAGGUGUGUGUGUGCAGGUAAGUCUUCAGCUGCACAUGCAGGUGGUCCGCACAAAGAAGACAGCGCUGGCCAGAGGGAGUGAGCCCACCUUCAACGAGAAGCUCACCUUUAAGCUCCUCCCCCCGCAGAUGGAUGAGGCCUCCCUCAGCCUGCAGGUCCAGAGGGCGAGUGCCAUUGGGCCAGUUUCAUUGGGAGUGGUCAUCAUUGGGCCCAUCAUGUACGCCAGGGGUCGAGAACUGGAGCACUGGAACGACAUGGUCAGCAAACCUCAGGAGCUGGUCAAACAGUGGCACGGCCUGGGAACAGGAAGGACAAUACAAAACUCAAGUUGACCUGGGAGAACAAAACCAUCCCCUUACAGGCAUGACCCCCAAAUGAUAACAAGCAGCUAUCUGUACCCCUGUCAUGGUUAUGAGAAAAGCUUGGGGCACAUUCUGUGUAAGGCUAUUUAGUCUACGAGAGAAGCAUUACAUUCAAGGACUCAUGCUGUUAUUGAGGAUUAAUGGCGCAGUUAAACGACUAGAGAAACAACGCCAGAGGUGCCAGUCCUUGAAGCCCAUUUCACAUUUCUACUGCUGUUAGCAGGGACCCUCUGAGUUUGGCAGGCAAGGAUAAGAAACAAUGGAGAACACUCCAAAUCCCAUAUGAUCUCUAUAAUGUGAUAAUUGGCAUGAUUAUUAUCUAUUAUGAUUCUCUCUCUCAUCCCCAAAUCCCUGAGAAGGCCUCCGGUCCUGACACAAACAAAGAAGAAACAACUCACGUCUUCCUGCAUAAAUAUAGAACCUUUCAACUGCAUCAACAAACAUGUAUGUUCCUGAAGCAUUUCGGGUGGCACAGGAAACAACAUUGAGAUCAUGGUAACUUGGGGACUAACGAAACAAAACAAAUCUAAAAAAAAACAAGUUUUAUAACAUAAUAUUUUGUAGAGCUUUACGUCAACGUCUGAGUCAUUUUCAUUUCCAAGUAUCUGCGUUGGUUUUGAACGUUUCAAACGGAAAACCUCUAGGAACAGAUUGAAAGGGUGUGUAACAA